AAACUUUUUGGUUGGAAACCAAGAAGAUGUGGAGGUGGAUUAGGUGGAAAAAAACAAUCAGGACAAUUAAGAUUUGGAGGAAGUCAAAGACCAUUUAAAAAACCUUUUCAUAUUAAUGAACAAGUUAAACAAAGAUGGAAAUAUUUAGAAAAACAAAAAGAUCAAUACAAGUAAUAUUUUAAAAGAAAAAUUUUAUUGUUUUUCUUUUUUCUAUGAUAAUUAUUUUAUUUAGAAAAAAUCUUCGUUCAUCUUCUUGUCGAAAAGAAAAUGAUUAAUUAAUUAUGUUUUUAGAAUGUUUUAUUAUUAUCAUUGAUAAACAUUGAACAUUAUUUUUAACAGGUCAUGGACAAACACGAAUACAUAUUGAUCAAGUUAAAGGUUUUGAAUCAUCGAUUUUCAUUGAACUUGAAGUUAUUUUACAAGAUAAUCAAACCUCUGAACAAGGACAAUUAAUUGCUAAAGAUUUAUGUCAACGAAUUGGAAUUCAAGAAAAAAAAUCAUAUUAA